AUGGGAGUAGCAGUCAAAUGUUUGAGAAAAAAUUUAUUUGUUCAUUUGGUAAAUUUCAAAUUUCCACUAAAAAACAAAAAAAAAGAAAAUGCUGAAAUAGUGUACGAAGAUAGAAUAAUGAUCCAAAUAGAAGGAAUAAAAAAUUUAGUUUUACUUUUAAAUAUUGUGAAAAUUUCAAGAAAAGUAUUUUAUGUAAUGCCAUUAGCCAACAAUAAUUUAAGUGACUUAAUUUAUAAUAGAAGAAUGCCUGAGCAAUGCUGUGCUAAACUUGGAAAUUUUGGUCUAUCUGAGAAAUUCAAUUAUCAUUUAGCUCCUAAAGUUUUGGGUCAGUUCCUUAAAAUGAAUAAAUCGGCAUGGAUAAAUUAUAAGAAUACUGACAUAUGGUUAUUAGGUACAACAUUAUAUGCUUAUUUGACGGGACAAUCCUUAUUGAAUAAUAGAAAUUAUCCAAAAGAUCGAUUGCAGCUUUAUUCAUCAGAUGCAAUUGAUCUUAUUAACAAAUUGAUGAAAACAGAUUCAUUAAAAUAUGUCAAGGCAUCUUCUGAAAAUAUAUGUGACUCUCAAGAUAUCCUGAAUUCCAAAAAUGAAACAUCCAAAGAUAUCUUAGCUUCAUAUUUGAGACCUGAAAAUAAAUAUAAAUCUAAAGAUAUCUUGGAAAAUUAUUUG